AGGGGGAAAAAGAAAAUACCCUUUACCAAAAAAAAAAAAGAAAAGAAAAGAAAAAGAAACCGCAAAAUGUAACUGGCGAAACCCCAAAUAGAGGAAGCACUACUAGCUAGGGUUUAUAGUUAUGCUGCUAACUUCCUAUAUUUAACCUCUCCCACUUCCAUCCCCUCUUUCCCAUUACCAAAUAUAAAUAAAUCCUUAAACCGUUCUUCUAUUCAUUUAUUAUUAUCGGCGCAUUACAAUAUGGCAGAGGAGGAAAGUGUGUCAAUGGAAAAUGAAGAGCAGAAUGGGAAUUCAUUUGAUCUGAAUGACUAUACAAUCAUCAAAGAAGGAGAUGCUGAGAUUCUUAUGCAUGCUAAAAAUGAAGUCUUUUACAACAAAACACAGGUGAAUAACAGAGAUAUGUCUAUAGCUGUUUUGAGGACCUUUAUAUCACAACGAAAGCAGGAGCAUGACGCAAAGUUGGCUAGACGAACCAAGGCUGGAAAUAAGGCACCAGAUGCUAAUGCGGAAAACCCAGGUGAUUCAGUGCAGCAUAAUGGUGAAUUCAUAGAUGGAUCUGAAGUCUUGAAAGACCCAUCGCAUGGUGAAUCAUGUAGCAUUCCAGAGGAACUGACUAAAAAUCUACGGGGAAAAGGUCGAGAAGAACUAAAGCCUCCACGAGUUCUCGAGGCUCUCUCAGCUUCUGGAUUGAGGGCUUUAAGGUAUGCUCGUGAAGUAGAAGGAAUUAGCCAGGUCGUGGCCCUUGACUAUGAUAAAGCCUCUGUGGAAGCUUGCAGGAGAAACAUAAAAUUUAAUGGAUCAGUGGCGUGCUCUAAGGUGGAGUCACACCUUGCUGAUGCAAGGGCUUAUAUGCUUACCCACCCAAAUGAAUUUGAUGUGGUUGAUCUUGAUCCUUAUGGAGCACCUUCUGUCUUCUUGGACUCAGCAGUUCAAGCUGUUGCCGAUGGAGGGAUUUUGAUGUGUACUGCCACUGAUAUGGCAGUGUUAUGUGGAGGAAAUGGUGAAGUUUGCUAUUCCAAAUAUGGCUCCUAUCCUUUGAGAGGAAAAUAUUGCCAUGAAAUGGCUUUGCGGAUCCUUCUUGCGUGUAUUGAGAGCCAUGCAAAUCGAUAUAAAAGAUAUAUAGUUCCGGUAUUAUCUGUUCAGAUGGAUUUCUAUGUUCGGGUUUUUGUUCGUAUAUACACUUCGGCAAGUGAUAUGAAAAAUACUCCUCUGAAGCUCUCAUACGUUUAUCAAUGCACUGGCUGUGACUCAUUUCAUCUUCAGACAGUUGGGAGGACUGUUGCCAAGAAUAACAGUGUCCGAUACCUCCCUGGAUUUGGCCCCGCCGUUUCUCAAGAGUGCAGUGAUUGUGGUAAGAAAUUCAAUAUGGGUGGACCUAUAUGGUCUGCCCCCAUUCAUGAUCAAGAAUGGGUAGCUGCCAUACUUGCAAAUGUGAAAUCAAUGAAGGAAAGGUAUCCUGCUUAUGAGCGAAUCUCCGCUGUGUUGACAACUGUAUCAGAGGAACUACCUGAUAUUCCUCUGUUUCUGAGUUUGCACAAUCUCUGUGCAACACUGAAAUGCACUUCUCCCUCAGCAGUAAUAUUUCGCUCAGCCGUGAUCAACGCAGGAUAUCGCAUAUCAGGGACUCAUGUGAAUCCUUUGGGGUUGAAAACAGAUGCUCCUAUGGAUGUCAUUUGGGAUAUUAUGCGCUGCUGGGUCAAAAACCAUCCUGUGAAAGCUCAACCAUCUGACCAGGCUGGAAGUGUGAUUCUUGCCAAGGAACCUGUUCUGCAGGCUAAUUUUUCUCGGGCUGUUGCAUCUCUUAGCAAAGCACAAGCUAAGAAGGUUGCUCGUUUCCUCCCUAAUCCAGAAAGGCAUUGGGGUCCAAAACUAAGGGCAGGCCGACAGAUCACCAGUAAGCAUGUGUCUCUUUUGGGUCCUAAAGCGUUGAAUGUAAUUAACAACCAUGAGAAUGGCGAUGAUAGCAACCAUGAGAAUGGCGAUGAUAGCAACCAUGAUUAUGUCGAGGAGCCUGCACUCAAGCGUAAGAAGACAGAAGAAUUUGAUUCAUAACUUAUAUGUUGGCCAACUGUCUGCAGUUUUUAUCCCAUCAUAAUCUGCCUCUUCUGCUGCAUUUUCUUGCAGAGUGAGAUCCAUCCUCUUUCUGAUAAUUGUGAAAACGCGUAUCGGUAAUGGGGAGGAUGUUAUCCUGUUUAUCUGUCAGUUCUUUUUAGUCUUUAGAAGGUUGUAGGGAUAUUUAUAUUUGUUUUGUUUGCCCUUUUUAUCUUUAUUUCAAUCUUAGUUCCAGUUGCUAUAUUAAAUUUUGUUUUUUAUUUUUAUUUGUAAGAAAACUACUGCUUAUAUGGGCCUUCCAUGUCGACAAAAAAUUGUUACCUGUUUCAGCUGUUUA